GUGGAACUUAAGCUGCGGAAAUGAGCCUUCCCGACCUAAAAUCUCCUCACGUAAAGCUUAGGCCGUCGUCUCCCGGUGUGCAGUUGCAAUCUGUUGUGCAGCUGAACAUUGGGGGCCAUGUAUACAGCACCACUGUUGGUACCCUUAGGAAGAUCCCAAAUUCCAAACUGUCUGAAAUGUUCAGUGGUCCCUCCAAGCCUAAGACGGAUGCAGAGGGACGAUACUUCAUUGACCGGGAUGGCACACAUUUUGGACUGAUCCUUGAAUACCUGCGAACGCAAGCUGUUCCCACCCAUCACGUGCAAGAGGUACGUUGUGAGGCCGUCUUCUAUGAGCUGAAGCCCCUGGUAAAGCUGCUGGACGAGACUCCGCAGCUCUUCGGUGAGACUGUGGGAAGGCAGCAGUUCCUGUCCCGGGUCCCCAACUACCAAGAGAAUCUGGAGAUCAUCAUCCGAGUGGCUCGGGCCGAAGCUAUUGCUGCUCGCUACUCCAACAUUAUAGUGUGUGUGCUGAGAUCUGAGGAGGACCUGGCACGCUGCAGAGAUGCCAUGAGCAGCCUGAACACAGAGAAAGAGUCUGUGGUGACCUUCGGUCCCUGGAAGGCCCCUGCCACCGUUGAGGAUCUGUUGGACUGCAUCAAAAUGGACAUUGAGGCCAAAGGUUAUAGAGUGUCAUUUGAGCCACACAGCACUGACAAAGGUUUCCUAUUCAAGAGCUACGACUAUUUUUACAAGAUGAAUUUCCAGUGGUGGUGAAUGGUGAUUCAGCUCUGCUGACAGUAGCUAACAGUUACAUGGCCAUGAGCUCUGAAUGGUUACUUUGAUGUGAAGUUGAGACUAGGUCAAGACAUGAUGUGUGUCCACUCAGAGAGUAUACUUUGUUAUUAUACCUUUUAACUGUUCAAUUUUAAAACUCUUUUUCAAUAACAACCUCUUGUUUUAA